AUGUCUUCGUUCAAGAGAAAAACAACGUCCAAGCAGCAGUCGCUGCAACCUGGUACACGCAUCUCACCCGGGUCUACAUCCACGAUCAUCACCUCGACCGGGAUUCCGUCUCUGGAUGAUAUUCUGGGCGGAGGCUUGCCCUUGUCCUGCUCCCAGCUCGUGCUCGCGCCUGAUCCACAUUCUGCAUACGGCGAACUGGUGCAGAAGUAUUUCAUAGCGCAAGGCCUAGCAACUAGUCACAGAAUAUGCAUUGUGGACGAUGAUGCUAGGGACUUUCUCAGCGAAUGCGUGUGGAUUCCUGGACAAGCUACUCAUUCCCCUUCCCACGCGGCAGACGAUGAGGAAGACGAAAAGGCUGGCGAGGAUGAUGCCAAAAUCAAGAUCGCAUGGCGAUAUGAGCAGAUGAAGCAGUUUCAAACGACCGUAUCCGACUCGAAUCAAUCGACUGAAGACUAUUGUCGCACGUUUGACUUGACAUGUCGAAUACCGGAUACCGUCUUACAAUCUUCUGUUGCCUCGGGACAAGUCAUUCUGGUGCCUGUCUCUGCAGAGGCGGAAGAUCAGCCAUCUGUUAGAAUUCUUGACGCAGUUGAGCAGAUUCUGGUGGACCACGCAAAGUCAUCCGAGUCGCCGGCACCUAUCCGAAUCUGCAUUCCGUCCUUAGGCUCAUGGCAAUGGGGUGAUAUAUCCCCUCGGGACAUUUCUUACUUUCUCUACUCCCUCCGGAGCAUCUUGCGCCGUCAUCCAUUCGCAUGCGCCUCGGUGUCGCUCCCUCCACCGUUGUGUACAGAGACCUGGGGAGGAGCAGGCUGGGUACAAAAGCUCGGCUGGCUCACAGAUGCCUCUAUAACAUUGGCGGCAUUCACUGCCAGUCCAUCCCUCACCGCAAUGUUCUCAGCUCACCACGGCUUCGUUCACAUACAUUCCCUCCCAGCGCCUCAUACUCUCGUUCCUCCGAGCGACCGGUUCUCGACUCUACGCGGUCUCUCGUCGUCCGGCGAGAACAACCUGGCAUUUAAAUGCAUGCGCAAGAGGCUCAUCUUCGAGACGCUUCAUCUGGACUUGGAAGGUGGUGUCGGUGAAAGACGGACAACUCCUGCUCCGAAUGCGAUGGCGUUCGAUGAGGUCGUUACAAAUGCGCAUCCCCAGGUUGGGCAGACAGCGAACGCCCUCGAGGCGUCAGCAGGAGGGAAUGCCACUGUACAGGUGGAGGUGGAGCAGAUGGAGGUUGCUGCUUCUUCCAUGAGCGUAGCGGAUGAUAGAGGAGAGGAGAAAGUGGGGACUGUUAAGAAAGUCAAAACAAAAAAGAAAGUUGCAUUCAUGUCGGACCGACCAGACUUAUACGAUUUCUGA